GAUAAAAGUGGUGCAAAUAUGCAUAUCACGAAGAUCCUGCCAACAACUAUGUCCUAUCUCAACGGGCCAACCAUCAGAAGUCUAUCGUCAAACACAGCGGCAAUCGUGAAAGUUCACCGAAGCGUCUAUGCUCGACGAUACCCUACGCUGAUGGUAAUGCCCAAUGGAGCUACCAUCAAUCUCAGCUAUCAUGAGCCUAGACGGAUAAUAAAGCUUCCACUUGACUUGAGUACACUGUCUGAAACGGAACGAAAGGCACGGCUUGAAAAGCGCAAACCUAAGCAAAAGAUACGUAUUGAAGAUGACGUUGAGGAUACAUUUAAUGCAAACAAAUAUUUGAGGUACAUAAAGAAGUAA